CACAGUCGAACUCCUUCGCCACUGGACGACGGACGUCGUCGUCGUCGUCGUUGCUGUAUCUAGCUCGAGGGACCGAGGGGCGGGUGGGACCAUCAUGUCGUGCGUCAUGAUCAGCAUCCUAAUGAUACUCGCGUCGAUCGCGCGCGGAUGCGCCGGCUGCCCUUUCUGCGCCAGGCAGCAACCUUCCGAGCAGCAGCAGCAGCAGCAGCAACUCUACCGGACGAUCGGCAGUCCGAGACCCUUCGGCGCCGACAAGCCGACUCGCGUUCAGGAGUUCAACCGGACCGGCGUGCUGCAUCCCGAGUACCAGAUACCGGCGACUAUCAGACCCGGCAACGUCUCUCAGUUCUAUUACCUGAGCCCACGGGAAGGUCCGCCUCUCACGUUACUCGUUAGCCCGUGCAGCGGCCCGAUAUCUUGGACGGUCAGUUACGUGGAGCCGCCCGAAAACGAUCAGGAAGCGGAAGGAGUGAAGUAUCGAUCGAAUGAUUCCGAAUCACUUUACCACGUAGUGCAAACGCGGUGGCCCGUGAAGACUCUGAAGCCGGGCUCGCCUCUCUUCACAUACGUGGGCGCGGACGACCAAAAUUUCACUAUACCAAAGACGCGGGCCGGUCUUUACUGGUUCGAGAUCAAGUCCGUGGAAUCCGCGAGCAACGGCUCGGCGGGAACGGUGCUCCUGUACGCGACGUCCAGCGCCCUGAACCACGUUCCGGGGCUCCUGUACGCGAGCGAGAAGGAGCAUCGACAUCGCUCGCUGAGAUUUCAGCAACGACGCAGCAAACGUCGUCUAACGAUAUCCUGGAACAAAAGCCACGUAGAUCCUCACCUGUCAAACUACUGUUUAGCUGUCACUUCGGGCGCGCAGUCACAUCCUUCGACGCUUUGCGCCGCGCAGAACGUUUUGAAAACUCAUCCGCACGCGACGUCGAGAACCUCGAAGGAGCAUCACCAUCGGGGCAUCCCGGAAGGUCUGCACUGCGUGCGACAGACCAAGCUGACGCUUCAUAGGAUGAGAUACGAUACUACGUACAACUUUACUCUAUACGUGGUGAACACCCGGAAUAACGUUUCUAAUCGGGUCGCCAUCGACACAAUCAGGUUCAAAAAGACGCCGGAGCUGACGUUACGUACCGGUCAUUAUACUAUGGCUAAUCUGCGAAAGACAGACGGUUUCGUCAAUUUUCGUUAUCGCCCUCCGGACAACACCUCGAGCACCUUUCACAUACUUCCCUGCGGCGGAGGCAUCGUGAAGGCGAAAUUGAGCGGGCCAGGGAUACUGCGGGAAAAGGAGGUGGUUGGAUAUGCCUCGUUGCGGGUACCUCCUCUACCUUCCGGUAAGACGUACACGUUACGUAUAUCGACCACACCGCAGGAAUUAGUUCGAAUAUCCACGAUAAAAGUGCUAGCCACACAGGAGUCAUCAUCCACCAUUUAUCCGCAAAUACCAUCCCGAAGUCCGCCACGCGAGUACCGAUCUCUGAGAACCUGCCACGAGGUGACGAUAGGCGUGGAGCCGGCCGGCGCCGCCAAAUAUUGCAUCCUGGUGAAGGAGCUGCGGAGCUCGUCGUCCUUGACCAGCGUCGCGACCUUGCCGGAUCAGUGCGGGCUCCAUCGGCGCAGGCGGUCCGAGUACACGUUCGAGGUAUGCGAGGAGAAGCACAGCCCUCCGAAGGAUCGCGCGCUGCCGUUCACCUUGAGAAGGCUGCAGCCCGGCAAGGCCUAUCUCCUGCAGAUCACGGCCCAGCUCAAGAGCCAGUCCCUGUCCUAUCCGUUGCUGGGUGUGCGCACGCGACGUUCCUGCGUAACGUAAUCUAACGCGAUUCCUCCGUCAAGGCGAAUAUACCAUAUAAUAAAGCGACGCGACACCGAUAACCCACCGUCCUCUCUCGGUGAGUCUCCGCAAGGUCAGCUUGUUUUCGUUAAACGGUAUAAUAUGGAAGGAGACGAAACCGUCCGCGAUAUUUCAAGAGAAUCGAAAUAUAUGUAUCGUAAAUUAUUUUUUCACAACAAUAUAUAUGCGGCUCGAAGUUACGAGCUGUUAUAAAGUAAUAGAUACGCGCGAGAAAUUCGCAUCGAAAUAUUUAUAUCCUCUCUUCAAAAUUGUUCUCUGUCAAGGUACAAAAAAAGAUAACACGUGCGAAAAUUUGAAAUUAAAUUUUUUUUUACUUCGAUAAUAUAUAUCUCUUUCUUAUUUUAUCUUGCUGUUAAAUUUGUUCGCCAACUAGAAACAUGAGACGAACAUCGGGAACGCAGAUCGACGUAUAAAUAUAACACGUGUGACGAGAAACCGCUUCCGGAUUUCAGAAUUUUCGUUCAGCGGCGUAUUUCGUGUAGCAUCACACUCAUCUAGUCUAGAUUUUACGACCAUGUAUAAUGUACAACCCGCGGCAAAUGCGGAGCAACCAUAAAGAGCGUACAUCAUCAUUAUCAUCGUCAUCAUCAACGUAUAUUUUGAUAUUUGCGUAACACGUGUAUGUACAUUCUUUACGUAAUUAUAAGCCUUUUUAUACAUACACUUUUUAUCCUUUAUAAAUAAGUAAGUUAAAUUGAAUAUUUUUACCACUUUUAUGGCUACCUGUGUAUCUGUGAACAUCGAGGAAAAAGAGAAGAAUAAAUUUUGGGGACAAAUAAUGCGA